GGAGGCGGGAGGUGGUGCAUUCGGGCCCCCCUUAAGGGUUCCCGGUGGUUGUGGCCUCACCAAGGGGGAAUGGGCAAGGAUAUAGGCCGGAUUUUCUAAAACCAAGAGCGAAGAGCCCAGUCUGGGUUGAGAGGGGAGGAAGCAAGGAUGGAGAGAUGAUUCUGAAGUCGGCCCCGCGGUUGCUGCAGGAACCUCCCCUUUAACGGCCGCCGCUGCCCCACUCGUCCGCUCGGGCUUCUCCAUCCUCCGGCCCGGGGCCCCCGGCCCGCGGACCCAGGUGCUCUUGGGGCGCACACCUGGCCCGGUCCCGCCAUGGUGUCCUGGAUCAUCUCCCGUCUGGUGGUGCUGAUCUUUGGCACAUUGUACCCGGCCUACUCUUCCUAUAAGGCUGUCAAGACAAAAAAUGUGAAGGAAUAUGUGAAGUGGAUGAUGUAUUGGAUUGUAUUUGCCUUCUUUACCACUGCUGAGACCCUCACUGACAUUGUGCUGUCCUGGUUCCCUUUCUACUUUGAGCUGAAAAUUGCCUUUGUGAUCUGGCUGCUAUCUCCAUAUACCAAGGGUUCCAGUGUGCUCUAUCGAAAAUUUGUCCAUCCCACGCUCUCCAACAAAGAAAAGGAAAUUGAUGAAUACAUCACACAGGCCCGGGACAAGAGCUAUGAGACCAUGAUGAGGGUGGGCAAAAGGGGCUUGAACCUGGCAGCCAACGCUGCGGUCACUGCAGCUACCAAGGGCCAAGGAGUAUUGUCAGAAAAGCUAAGAAGCUUCAGCAUGCAAGACCUGACACUGAUCCGAGACGACGAAGCCUUGCCCUUGCAUGGUCCUGAUGGCCGCCUCCGACCCUCAGCCAGUGGCCUCCUGGACCCUAUUGAGGACUUAGGAGAUGACCCUGGCCUGAGCCUUCGGUCCUCAAGUGGGAGCCAGUCAGACACACGGACAGAGGCCUCUGAGGAUGACAUGGGGGACAAGACCCCUAAGCGCGUCAAAUCAAUCAAGAAAGUGCCAAAAGCUGAGCCAAUCCCCAAGACGCUGAAGACCCGCCCUAAGAAGAAGCCUACAAGUGGGGGAGAAUCAGCCUGAUGUGAGCCCUCCCCCCCACCUCUGCGCAGAGGCCCUCGUGGGGGAGUCAUGUCUAGAACUGCUGCUGCUUCCUAGGUUGAGGGGGCCUCAGGGCGAUUUCUCCAUGGGAGCAGCCCCCUGCCCCCACCCCUUUCUCUCACUGAGAGUCUGAGGACCAAGAUGUGAGAUGCUGCCUCUGGGAUCUCCCAGGGAGGCUUCUGGCCAGGGUUGGGUGGGCAGGUAUGAGGGGUGAUGGGUCUGGGAGCUGACUGGAGCCAGGCACUUUCUUGUUUGGACCGAUGGUUUGGGAACACAAGGGCCAAGGUUGGGGAUGGGGGGUGGGGUGGAAGAGGGUGUUAUGUCCACAGAAGGACUAUCUCCUUGGAACAGUAGCCUUUGGGGCCUCUUUGGUUGAAGGCUUGGGGGUAUGUGUGUGUAUGUGUGUGUGUGUGUGUGUGUGGUGUGUGUGUCUAAGAGGGGUCCUGAGAACAAAGCCACUUCAGGGAACUCUCCAAACAUCUCUCUCCUUUGUCUCUGUUCUUCCAGCCUUCUUAAGUGACCUCCCCAACUCUAGCUUACUUAGUGCCUUGCUGGGUGCCAUGGCAUGCUAUGGAGAAAGGGGCUAAGGGCCAAAGGGUUCAUCUGGCUUUACCUCAUAUAUUCUGCCCCCUCUUCAUCUAUCCCUUUUUUAUUGGACCUUGGCUGCCCCAUGUCCUCCAGUUGCUAUAGAUUGGCUAAAAAAACUGGCUAAUGAACUAAGACUAUCAUCCCCACCGACCAUAAGGAGGCCCCUAAGAAGACUUCCCCUCCCUCUGGGAAAGUGGAAGGGGAGAACACUAGGACCGUAUUUCUCUAAAUUGAAAGGGGUGACUAGAAGGAGCAAUUUCUCACUGAAAACCCAAAGUAACAGUAACCAGGAUUUGGGGUUGGGGGGAGAAGGCGAUCAGGGCCUACCUGGAUCCACACUUUCUUUUUUCCAUCUCCUCUAAGAGGCCAUUUCCUUGAAUAAUCCCUCUUUUCUUCUCCCUUCUCUUGUCAACUUUCCCCCUCCCCCAGCUUCUGUUCAUCUAGUUCCCAGGAUGAGGGUGGGAGGUGGGGAGAAGGGUCCCUUGGGACAUUUGAAGAAGCCAAAUAACAGAAACUGACUUGGGCAAGGGGUGGUAGGGCACAGGAAGGGAGUGGGAGAUGGGGAAGCUGUGCUUCUGUAAGUGAGCAUAUGAACCAGUAAGUGUGAGCAUAUGUGAGUGGUGGGUGUGUGUGUGUGUGUGAUGCAAGUGGGGACCUUUCCCUGAGAAUCCAGGUCAUGAGGCAGUUCAAAGUAAGUAUGUGGUUUUUACGAGGACACAUGCAUGGCCCAGCUACGUAGUCUCAUCUCCUGGGCUGGGAAGAAGAGAAAAGCCCUUGUAUUGUGUGUUUACAUACAUGCAUGUGUUGCUCCUUGGCUCUGUAUCUUUAUCUAUGGGUCUGUUCAUCUUGGCCAGUGUCUUUAUAUGUCUGUGCAUGUGUCGCUAUGUUUCCUCUCCCUACUUUUCCCAGUAGGGGGGCCAGCCAUAGAGCUAAUGCAGCAGAGGCUCUAAGAAUUGCUGUUCUAGUUGCCACUAGCCUUUUCCCUGCUCUGUUUCCAUACUUGAUCUUGCAAUUAAUUAUCUGAGGCUUCAGCUCCUAUUUGCCUUUAAGGGGGAUUGUGAGGUCCUGCUUGGGGAUGGUGGGAGAUACUUCUCACAUUCUGGUUCCGAUUUUCCUUCCAUCCCUGCAAGCCCAUUCUUUCUGGGCCCUCUCAGGAAGGCGAGUGCAGGAAAAAGGAAUUCCCGGGAAACCAUUCACCAGAGAAACAGCUGGUGAUGGAAACUGGACUUGGAUUGUGGGGUUUGUCCCUUUGUCCUUCCCUGCCCUAACAUCAGCUUCUGUCCUUCCUCUUCCCUUAGCAGUGAGUAUAAUGAACUGACCUCAGUCCAAGAAGAUUUUAAAAAUUAUAUCCUAGGUCUCCCCAAAGUAUAGCAGGUUGGGGAGAGUGUGUGUGUGUGUGUGUGUGUGUGUGUGUGUGUGUGUGUCUGUAUGUGUGUGCACGUGAAUGCCUGGACUCACUAGAGGAUUGGGGGAAGUGAGGAAAGGGAAGGCUUAUGGAGAGAAAGCUUGGACCCUUGGCCAUGAAAUGAUCCAAUAAACUAAAAUUCGGCA